CACUGUACACAUAUGGUGAGCCCAUUUGUCAUGGUAACCGAAGGAUAAUCGCCUUGAAAGUAGUUUGAGUACGAAAACGUACGGCCACGGUGUCUGUUACACUGUAAUUGUCUAAAAAGUUGCACGUCUCGCGUCAUGAAUCAUCCACAGAUGCAAGUCAUUUGACAGCUCGCUUCCUUUUUCCGCUUAUGCAAAUAAGCCAUGGGUGUGAUGUUUUCACAUGGACAGUCCAGUGAUUCACUCAGCUCAACCAUGAGACUGUCCUGCACUGCUGUUUUCUUCAUCUCCAUCUUCUUCAUCAUCAGCUGUCAUGCACUGGCUCUCAAACCACAGCUCUUAGGCAGACACACGAUCAAAAUCUCGUCUGAUCACCGUUCUCUCUCAUACAGAACUUUCUACUUUGAUCAGCAGAUCGACCAUUUUGGGUUUUUGGAGAAUGGCACAUUCAAGCAGAGGUACCUUCUCAAUGAUCAGCAUUGGCACAAAGAAGGAGGUCCAAUCCUAUUUUACACCGGCAAUGAGGGAGACAUCGCCUGGUUCUGUAACAACACUGGUUUUAUGUGGGAUGUAGCCGAGGAGCUGGGAGCCAUGCUGGUUUUUGCCGAACAUCGCUACUACGGAGAGUCCAUGCCAUUCGGAGAGGAGUCUUACAGCAAUGCAAAGUAUCUGAACUACCUGACCUCAGAACAGGCUUUAGCUGACUUUGCGGUUUUAAUCAAAGCUCUGAAAGGAAACAUUCCUGGAGCUCAGAAAAGUCCAGUCAUUGCCAUCGGCGGCUCUUAUGGAGGGAUGCUGGCCGCCUGGUUGAGGAUGAAGUAUCCCAGUGCUGUCAUAGGUGCUCUUGCUUCAUCUGCACCCAUCUGGCAGUUCAUCGUGCCCUGUGGAGGUUUUUACCAAGUGGUCACUCGUGACUUCACCAGCGGUGGCGUCAACUGCAGCAGUAACAUCGGGAGGUCUUGGAAAGCUGUUGACGGCAUCUCAGCAACAGGUGAAGGACUACAGUGGCUGUCUCAGGAGUUUGCACUGUGUUCUCCUUUAAAGAGUCUAGAGGACGUAUACGGAUUCAAGGCGUGGCUUCAGGAAACAUGGGUGAAUUUAGCCAUGGUGGACUAUCCGUAUGAAGCCGACUUCCUCCAGCCACUCCCACGCUGGCCUGUCAAGGAGGUCUGCACACAUCUUCGGUUUGAUACUGGCGUAUCAGACAAACAGCUGCUGCACGGCAUCUCUCAGGCCGUAAGAGUUUACUACAAUUACUCGGGAGAUGCGCUCUGUCUCAACACCUCACAGACUGCCACUGGGAAUCUGGGCAUCCUGGGGUGGUUCUACCAGUCCUGUACAGAGAUGGUGAUGCCGAUGUGUACAGAUGGUAUAAAUGACAUGUUCGAGCCACAGCCGUGGAACUUUCAAGCCUUCUCCGAUGAGUGUUUCGCCCAGUUUGGAGUGCGUCCACGAAAAGACUGGGCCAAAAUUGUAUAUGGUGGAAGGAACAUAAGUGCUCACAGCAACAUCAUCUUCAGCAAUGGAGAUCUUGACCCAUGGAUGAGUGGUGGCGUAACCAAGAGUAUCUCUGAAUCUCUGGUUGCCAUUAUGAUUGAUGGAGGAGCUCAUCACCUCGACCUGCGCUACAACAACGAGUACGAUCCUGAGUCGGUCAUCAAAACACGAGCGCUGGAAGUGCAGUACUUUAUAAAGUGGAUCAAACAGGCAGCAAGUACACUAUGACCAUUUGAAAUGGUUAUUUUUAUAACAUACUUGAGGAAAAUUUGAAAGACUAAGAAACACCAAAAAUCUCAGUCGCAUUGACUGUGUGUGUUGAAGUCAGCACAGCAGGUGCUGGCUGCUUUGUGCCAAAGUUAGUUAUCGCUCGCUGCACUGGUACUCAAACCAAAAUCAAGAAUGUCAAGGUUUGUAAAGUUUUCAGGAGGGUAGGGUUUUUUUAUUUCUGUUUUGGGAAUUCAUUUAAAGUGUUUCUCUAAAGUGUUUAAUUUGUGUGCAUGAAGUGUGCAAAUGAAGGAUGGGCUUUGCAAUUUUACACAUUGAAAGUUUGUUUUACCUGUUUGGAUCUACAGUAAGUUAUUUGUUGUUUAAAUUGAGCAAAGAAAGGAUUCAGAAAAUACCAAAAGCAACAACGCUCAGGGAAAGAAUUGUGUGGCAAUAGUAAUGACAACUAUUUUCUAUCAGCCAUGUUUUUUUUAAUAAUGUACCUAAAAUACAACAAAAAACAUGCAGUGAGCCUGGCCUGAAAACUCCUAAAAAAAAACCUUCAUAAAAGUAUUAUUGCAGUCAAUGAUAAACCAUAUGUUGUCUCAGAUUCACAAAAAAAAUCAUUUUUGAAAAAAAAAACUUGUAUAUAAAAGUAUGCAAACAUGAUCAUCAUAUUGUCUUUACUGUAGAUUGUACAGAUGAAACUCAAAUCACUGAAAUUAGCUGGACCUAAUAAGUGAUCUGAGUUUUUUUUCUCUUCAUGAUUUGAUUCGCUGUCAAAAAAUGACGUUUGUGCCCAAACACGAAACAUGAUCAAACAAUCCAUUACACAAUAAACACGAAUGAAUGAAA